CUGGUGCAAACCAAUUUCCAUUUUGUAAGAGUUGAGAGUCUUGGCUUCUCUAUGUUGGAAGUGUAGUACCUAGCUCUCUCUCUCUCUCUCUCUCUCUGUCUCCGCCUCGAAGUUUCGGUCGGUACAUAUAUAGGAAACAGUCAUGGAUGGGUUGGACCCCGCAGAGCGUAGGUAUUUGGAGGAUGAGGAUACUCCGACUAUGAAGACAAUUAAGGGUGCAACAACUGGAUUGGUUGCAGGAACUAUUUUUGGGACCAUAGUUGCUACCUGGUAUGAUGUGCCUCGUGUUGAGAGAAGUGUAGCUCUUCCAGGGCUGAUAAGGACCCUGAAGAUGAUGGGAAACUAUGGGAUGACAUUUGCUGCAAUUGGGGGAGUUUACAUUGGUGUGGAGCAGCUUGUGCAGCAUUAUAGGUCGAAGAGAGACUUUGUAAAUGGAGCUGUCGGAGGUUUUGUUGCUGGAUCAACUAUUCUAGGUUACAAAGGAAGGAGCAUUCCAACUGCAAUUUCUGCUGGAGCAGCCUUGGCAGUCACUUCUGCACUCAUUGAUGCUGGGGGCCAGACCACAAGAAUUGAUAAUGGCAAGGAGUACUAUCCUUAUACCACCAAAAAAAGAUCUACUGCUGAUUCAUAAACUCACCAAUGAUUUGCUGUCAGAGGAAGAUAUUGGCGAGCUAAUGAAAACAGCACUUUUUCUUGAAUUGGCGGUAUUUCUGGAGAUGUAAUCAUACUCUUAGCUCUCGUCCCUGCUGUUUAGAGUUAAGUUUUUGACCUUGAAUGGAUGUUUUGAAUAAAUUUGUUAUUUUACCCUACUGUUGAAAUAUUUUCAUAGUCUGUUGGUGGAAAUAUAUAUUGUUCUGUACAAGGGGUAUUGCAAUAAUUACAGUGGUUCUUAUUUUAA